AUGCGUAAGUUCAGUCUUGAGCUUCUGCUGAGCACAAUUCAGCGGUUCCGCGUCACACAUCUCCUCCUAGCCCCGCCGGUAGUUGUGAUGCUAUUGAAAAGCAAUCUCCUACCCCGUUACGACGUGUCCAGCGUGAGGUCCAUGUUUUGUGGAGCAGCCCCCCUCCAACCGGAGCUAUCCAAAAGAUUGGAAGAGGUGUUCAGCGGGGGCAAAGCUCGCAGUCGACAGGGAUGGGGAAUGAGCGAAGCCACGAUGGCAGUCACUUUGUUUGCCCCUGACGAGUUCGACCCAUUGCACAAUGGCGUUGGGUAUAUUCUCCCCAACAUGCAGAUGAAGAUCGUCGAUGACGAUGGCCGCGAAGUUGCCUGCAAUGAAGAGGGAGAAGCGCUCAUUCGGGGGCCAAAUGUCUUCAAGGGCUAUUACAAGAACCCGAGCGCAUCUGAAGAAGCAUGGACCAAAGAUGGCUGGCUGAAAACUGGAGAUAUCGUGUCCAUUCAGGAGACUGGACUCUUGACUAUUGUGGACCGCAAAAAGGAACUCAUCAAGGUGAAAGGCUUUCAAGUAGCCCCAGCCGAACUUGAGGGGCAUCUCCUUGAGCAUGAAGGAGUCAAGGACUGCGCGGUUAUUCGCGUUACAAGCAACGUCACCGCCGAAUCGAUUCUUGAAUUCAUGGAGAGCCGACUUUCGGCACACAAGAGGCUUACUGGUGGAAUUGUUUUUACUGAGGCAAUUCCCAAAUCCGCAUCUGGCAAAAUUCUGCGUCGCUUACUUCAGGACCCUGCGACGGCUAAGCUAGCGCGCCUUUAG